UACAGUUUUUCUGUAAACUGCUUGCUUAAGAAAAUGGGGGGAUGGGGUAGUGAAAGACUGGUGGAAGCCUUAUAAUGUUUCAAAACAGGUCAUUUAUUUUAAAGAAACAAAGCACUUCUACUUAAUAUAUAAUGCUUUUUGAAAUAUUCGAUGAGGUGGUUAGUACCGUUACAAACAGGACAAAAACAAUUUGAAAAGCAAGAAGUAUUUCGAUGCAGAGGGCCAACAGGAAGGGACGGGAGGAGCCCAUUGCGAUAUUACAGUUUCGUGUAUUUGAGCGACCUGCCUGCUGGCAGUAGACUUCUAAGAUGUCAGGGUCCAGUUAAUGUUCCGCGGGUUUACCUUUCCCCUACGUGCCCUCUCUCCCGACCCCAGCAGCGGAGGCUUUUUUCUUCUAUGGUCGCCUCUCCUGCAUCCCUCUUCACCUCCUAGCUCCGCUCCCCUCCCCCCCAGCGCUGAGUCUCCUGCUCUUGGGGAACAAUCACCACUGAUUGAGGUUCACUCUACGUUAGGCUGGAAAACUGGGCUGUAAUUUAGGAAGUCAUUAAUCACAUCUUCUCCCCCGGAAAGAGAUGGCGGAGAAACCUGUGAAGCACAAUUUCUUACUAUACCUCUCAAAAACGCUCUGAUAUGAGCAACACUAUUUGAUAGGAAAUUAGUAGCGAUUUUUUCCAGUAGGAUUUUAUUUCAAAAAAAAAAUCAGGUUGAAAUUAGAUGUGCUUUUGCCUUUCGGUUUAUGUUACCAAUAUCUGAGGUUAAUUGUUAUAUAAUUAAAUUAAAUUUGGGCUUAGGAAUUGCGUAUUUUCCUCUACAAAUUAAAUAUUACCGCCCCUGAGGUAGGUUUGGUGCUGUGGAAUAGCAGCAUCCCUGUGGGACGUAUGUGGGGAAUCAUAACAUCAGUUGCUUUAUUUAAAUGGCUCCCCCUAUGAGAUUAGAGACGCUUGUGUGCAGAGCAGGCGCGUGCACACACACUGUCUGUCGCCUUUCUAAACCAGCGAUUCACUAUGGCCCUUCGUUUAAACAGUACAAAACCAGCAUUCGGGUUAAUCAGAAAGCAGCGUCCCACACUGUCCGUAAGAGUUUUCCGUGCUCAUUCAUAAAUUAUUUUGAUGUCAGCACAGAUGAAGUGGCGAUUGGUUAUCUCUCCCUCUUGCCAGCCCCUUAAGGAUCCGAGGUGAAUUAGUAGCAAGAAAGCAUGUAAUUGACAGAGUCACGUGUGCUCAGGGGCCAGAAACCGGAGAGAGAAGAGGAAAAAAAUCAAAAGAAGGAAAGCACAUUAGACCAUGCGAACUAAAUUUGUGAUCACACAAAAUCAAGAUGUUAGACUGAUGCUGAAGAUCACUCCGCUCCAAAGGGAAAGUUUUCAUCUCUGGAGUUUGAAGCUGAGGGCCGGUGGGGCAACAUGGCCGAAGGCGGGGCAGGCAAAGGUGAAGAGCCGGAGAAACUGCCUGAGCUGGCGGAGGACGAGUCCCAGGUCCUGCGUGGAACUGGCCACUGUAAAUGGUUCAACGUGCGCAUGGGAUUCGGCUUCAUCUCCAUGAUAAGUCGGGAGGGAAACCCCUUGGAUAUUCCAGUCGAUGUAUUUGUACACCAAAGCAAACUAUUCAUGGAAGGAUUUAGAAGCUUGAAAGAAGGAGAGCCAGUGGAAUUUACAUUUAAAAAAUCCCCCAAAGGCCUUGAGUCAAUACGGGUAACAGGCCCAGGUGGGAACCCCUGCUUAGGAAGUGAACGAAGACCUAAAGGGAAGACGCUGCAGAAGAGAAAACCAAAGGCAGAUAGGUGGAGACGGCAGGAUUUGCUGAUGGAUCAGAUGUGGACUGUGAGAGAAGAAGAGUCCAGGAUGAUUCCAAGAUGCUACAACUGCGGUGGUCUCGACCAUCAUGCUAAAGAAUGCGGUCUACCUCCUCAGCCAAAGAAGUGCCAUUACUGCCAGAGCAUCAUGCACAUGGUGGCCAACUGCCCGCACAAGCUUGUCGCUCAGCUGCCCGCCUCGGCUCAGGGAAGACCAGAGGCAGAGUCCCAGCCAUGCACUUCCCCCUCACCCAGAGAAGUGGGAGGGGGGCACGGCUGCACAGUACCGUUUCCUCAGGAGGUGACGUCAGAAAUGGCGGAGCAGUCAGACAGAUCACCCCAAGAAGUUUCUGCCACGAAAGCAUUUGCAGCAAUAGGAGAGCAAAACAAAAAGGGGCCUUUGAUUCAGAAACGGAAAAAGACUUAGUAUUGUCAGUGUUCUCUUCACCCGGCUGGGGAGUCUACCUCAUGCAAGCACAGGGGAAUAGUGUUCCACAGAGAGCAGCCGACCGGGGGUUUUAACUACUGCUGAGGAACUCUGAUGUUCUUAAUUAGACAAAUCACUCUUAAGCAAAUCUCAUUUAAGCAGGGUGUCAUGUUUUGUAGAAUUGAGAUGCUACAUAUAGUAUGUGCAUGAGUGAGCGGGGAAACCCGAAUCUGUGUGUGUGUGUGUGUGUGUGUGUGUGUGUGUGUGUGUGUGUGUGUAGAUAGAAGCACAUACUCUUCCUCAGAUAGUUGGGCAUCUCCAAGCAUUGAAAAUCCAUGUGAAACAUUUGAGAUGGUUUCAGAGUUAAUCCUUGGAAUUUUUCCUAAAUACUACUUCUUUUAUAUUAUGUAAACAAACAAACCACGUGACUGUUACCUUUCAUGUGAACCAAAGCUUACUUCAGAUCUCAGAGCUGCCAGUCAGGUGCCACUCACGGCUUUUGGGAUACUUGGUGCCUCCCAAGUGAGUAUUCACAACUCCCAUGACGCAGACGGAGUGUCUGUGCUGUAGUAACUUAACUCUAGAUGCUUCUGACUGCCAGACCCUUUAAUUGCUGAAUAGGACAGUGAAUGUGACGUCUCUGUGCUGAGCUUCCAGUGUCCUCUGUUCUGUUUUGAUUGUAAAUUACAUGCCUAUUAAGAAAAGCGGAGGGGAGGGUAAUGUGUAUAGUAAUGUGAUCCUGUUCAGUGGUGUUUCCAUACUAGGUCUUUACAAGUGCUCUGAGGUCUUUAAGGGACUGUGGCAACAGAAGCUCCCUUUGACUACGUAGCUGUUGAACCAUCACUUAGAACAAGAAGGUCUCUUACUUACUACUGAAGCCUUAGAGAAAAACUCUAUUAUUUGGGUAUAUUUUAGUAGCUGUUUUUAUUUCCCAUCAAGAGUCCUCAGACCUGUUUCUGAAACAAACAAACGCAGCAUAGAAAUAAAAUGGUGGGGCUUAAAGUGAAAAUGAAGUUGCCCCAAUAGAUGGAGCCCAGCACUGACACUCAAAAGGAUAGUGUAGUGGCAGGCAGACAGAGUGAUGGGCCUGGAGUAGAGUUCCAAAUCGCCCAGUGUUAUGUGGCUAGAAAUACUGUAGGUGUUAGCAUUGAUGCCGUGCAGCUCGUUGAGUACAGAGGCUGAGGUAGCCUAUGUGACAGGCUCAGGACGAGCACCCAGGCUAGUCACCAGAAUCUUCUCUGACGGAUUCUCAGUUUGCCCAGACUGCUAGGCACUGACCGUGGUAUUGGCUGUUUUCUAUCAUGUUUUGUUUUGUUUUUUAAUGGAGUCAGCUGGUUCUAAAUGUGAUGAGCAAACUUCUGAAGCAUCUUCAAGAAGGUACCAAGGAAUUGCAGUGCAUAGUUUUGGCUGUAGCUCCAUGGGCCUGUUGGUAUAAGCUCAGAUAAUCAAACAAGAAAGCAUUGUGACUCAUAGGAGACACAUUCUACGGAGGAGUCCCUUCCUCCGGUGUGUGUUGUGGGAGGUGGGUGACGCUAAGGUUCCAUCAAGCUGCUAGAGGAGGAAACUGUCUGUGACUAGCUUGCCAGUCCUUUCCAGAGUAGCUUGAAUUUCUUGACAGUAUUUAUGAGAAUUCCCAUAGUGUUUUACUGAAGUAUCGGUGUGCUGUAAUACAGUGCUUACCUUUGACGAUAUUGAAUGUGAUGUAGCCAUAGAGAAGUGCUGCCUUGCCUUAUGUGAGGACUCAAGCUUGUUUAAGUUAUGCAGACGAAUCAGAGUGUCACCCAAGUACAAUGAACAAGGUAACGGUUGUACAAGUAAAAUAUGAUAGGCCACUUUGAGCGUUCAAACCAAAGUUGCUUGACUGUAAAACUAGGAAAUAGUGGACUUGAAAAUUAGACAUCCUGUUUACAUAUAAAACUCAGAACUGAGGCCAUUUUAAAAAUGAAAGUAGAAAAUUCAGAAACACUUGAACUAUAGAACUUAUGGGUGUGGUUGACUUCUUUUUCGGCAUCUGACCAGACUGAAUUACUAAAAGCACAUACCAAACCUCUUACGGUUAAAAGUUGGGGUUUAUUUUUAUAUGAAAAUAUUGUCACUAUUACAUGCUCAGGACAAAGAACUUUGCUCAGGGAACAUACCAUAUAAUGUUUUUAUUGGUUUUUGAUGUUUUUUUUUUGUUUUUUUUUUUUGUUUUGUUUUUUUUACAGAUUAGUCUAUAAUCCUGCUUUCUCAGAACAAGCCAAAUAGCUUAAGUCUUUAUGUAGGUACAUGUGCUUGUUAGUAACUACCUCUGAGUGACAUUGGUCAUAAUUCUGAAUGUCAGAUAUUGGUCUUUUUUUUUUGUUUCAUGUCAAAGUCUUGUAAAGCAAACUUCCACUCCCUGCAGAUGUGAAUUCAUACAAGUGAGACACUCUGUUUACAGCAAACAGCUACCUCCUAGCCACUACAUAGCACAGCUCGAUGCUGCUGCAGCCUUACGGGUCGCUGAUAAUCCUCUGGUACAGACACCUUUAAUCUGUAGCACAGAGAGGCAUUUGCAACCCCGUGUUUCUGAAAAAUGCCUGUUUCUCUCAUGGACUUCCCAUGUUAGGUAGCAAAGUCUCCAGGCAUUUCCUUAAAGUUAUCAUGUAUUGAAUUUAAGGAAGAAUGGGCACUCUUAAUCCUAAGCAAAACAGAACACAGAAACAAUCUUGAGAAUAGCUCUGUUACCUAGAGGCGAGGGGCAGGAGAGGUAACAAAAGCAAACUUGGUGUUUGUAGUUUGCUGACAAGUGUUAUAAAAGAUUCCUACCCGCUUCACUUGCCUCUACUGUACCGUGUGCAGAGCGUGAACGCACUGCAGCAGGCCACGCCGCAGGCACAUGACCAGCACAGCUUGCCAAGGGGGCACGUAAAGUGCAGUGCUGCUUUGAGCCGGGGGAAAGGAGCACCACUUUGCAGGGCUUCUUAAUAGUGGGCGUAUGGCCCGUGGGUCAAGCCACCUUUUGACCUCCCCCUCGUAUCAACACAAAUAUAAUUCCUAAAAAUGAUUCACUACCAGCCUUUAGCCUGCGAACUAUUCAUUGUCUACACAGCAGGUCACAGUGGAGACGUUUUUAUACUUGCAUUUCUAGUCUUCGGAUGUAUUUUUACAAAUGAAAGAUUUAGGAAGAUUUUUAUCUACUUAUAACUUGGAAAUUUUAGUGUGCAAUCUAAAGAAAAGUUGAAGACGUACAUUGUUGGCCUCAGUCCACCUCCCAAACAGAGGGUGCUUUUAUUACCAGUUAUUUUUGUAUUCGGACUGAGAUUUACUUUGCUCCAGUGCGGGCCUAACUUGUGCUGGUGCAUGUAGUUUGUGCAUAGAAGUCCGUAAGUGUUAGUAGACCUUGUAACAUUCGCUGUAAGAUGAAUUAUUCAGGAUGUGGGGAAUCUCAUUAAGUCUUAAAGUUAAUUUAAAUUAAUUUAUCUGUUUUUUCUAAGAAAUGUUUAUCAUAAAUAUAUAUGUCAUUUCCCAUUUUGGUAUAAAAUCUAGGGAAAUGCAUGCAAGUGGAGUUGUGCUGACUUUAAUUUUCUAGAUGUCUUAAUGAGACUUAUUUGUUUUUGAAAAAGAACAACUUAUUGAAAACAUCCAGUUCUGUCUUACAUACAUACUGUCAACAGCCUCUUCAAGAUGUGCCUGUGUGAUCUGUGACCUACUGUUCAUUUAAAAUGAGACGGUGACCUAUGAUACUCAUUGUUGAUCUUACACUUGGAACUGAAUUAUGGCAGCAUUAUGGUGAAGUCCUGUACUGUGAGAAAGUAUCCAGAUAUGCAACUCCUGUGGCUUACCCCUUGACGGUCCCUGCUUGAAAAUGAUGGCGUUGACUACCUCCUUAAUCACUCUGACUAUCACCCACAGCACCUAGCACCAGACUGGCUUUAAUCAGUGUGUGCUGUGUUUGUGGUGGUAACGACUCUAUCCAUAUAAAGACCAAAGUGAACCUGGUUUCUAUAUGUCUUUAAUACUGUGUUUUAUCUGGUGUUUGAAAGUUAUCUUAUGUAGUGUUUAGCUUCCCUCACUCCAUUUUGAUUCAUGUUUACAAGUGACAACUUUUUAAAAAUACCCUUGAACUUGCGUUGGAAAGAACAAAAGAGGAGUUGUUACUAGACUGGCACACUGCAUUCCGUCACCUCGGUGGACUAUUUUUUCCUCUGCAGACAUGGGCCUGGUGUUGUCUUUUCGUACCAAACGUCUUACUCUGUUGGCUAUUGAUGUUCUGAAGUUUAAAAUAAAAGAUGCAAUGUUGGUGUUUAA